UUCUGUCUUUCAUUUCCGCUCGCCGUCACUGUAGAACACGCAGGGUAAUGAUGGCGGCGUUCAGUGUAGCUCGUAGCAGCUGCGGACUGAUAAAUGGGUUGAGGAUCUCUUUCAGGAGUUUGGUGCAGGUGAAACAUGGCGCACUCGCUGCCGCGGUGCCUCAGACCCACAUGGGACAGGACUGCCGUCGGUAUUCUGUCAGCCAUCUGUCUGUUAAGGAGAGGAUUGACAAGAAACGGAAGGCGGCGCUGGUCGGGGGAGGUCAGCAGAGAAUAGAUGCUCAGCACAAAAGGGGUAAGCUGACAGCCAGGGAGCGAGUGGAGCUUCUGCUGGACCCCGAGUCCUUUGUGGAAUCAGACAUGUUCGUGGAGCAUCGCUGCGCCGACUUCGGCAUGGAGCAGGAUAGGAACAAGUUCCCUGGUGACAGCGUCGUGACAGGCCGAGGCAGGAUCAAUGGCAGGCUGGUUUACGUAUUCAGUCAGGACUUCACAGUGUUUGGUGGCAGUUUGUCUGGAGCUCAUGCACAGAAGAUCUGUAAGAUUAUGGACCAGGCCAUGACAGUUGGAGCCCCUGUUAUCGGCUUGAACGACUCCGGAGGAGCUCGCAUCCAGGAAGGAGUGGAGUCUCUGGCUGGAUAUGCAGAUAUAUUCCUGAGGAAUGUGAUGGCUUCAGGAGUCAUCCCUCAGAUCUCUCUCAUCAUGGGUCCCUGUGCAGGAGGAGCUGUCUACUCCCCUGCCCUGACAGAUUUCACCUUCAUGGUUAAGGACACAUCAUACCUUUUCAUCACAGGACCUGAUGUCGUGAAGUCUGUCACCAAUGAAGACGUGACUCAAGAGGAGCUCGGUGGAGCCAAAACUCACACCAGCGUGUCUGGAGUGGCUCACCAUGCCUUUGAGAAUGACGUCGAAGCCUUGCUCAACAUGCGAGAGUUCUUCAACUUCCUGCCGCUAAGCAAUCAGGAUCCCGCCCCGAUCAGGGAGAGCCACGAUCCCAGCGAUCGCCUGGUGCCUUCGCUGGACACCAUCGUCCCGUUUGAGUCGACCAAAGCCUAUGACAUGUUGGACAUCAUUCACGCAAUAGUCGAUGAGAGGGACUUCUUCGAGAUCAUGCCCAGUUACGCCAAAAACAUUGUGGUAGGAUUUGGCCGCAUGAACGGACGCACGGUCGGCAUUGUGGGUAACCAGCCCAAAGUGGCUUCUGGUUGUUUGGACAUCAACUCUUCAGUGAAGGGGGCUCGAUUUGUGCGCUUCUGCGACGCUUUCAAUAUUCCCAUCAUCACCUUUGUGGACGUGCCGGGCUUCCUGCCAGGUACGGCUCAGGAGUACGGCGGCAUCAUCCGACACGGAGCCAAACUGCUGUAUGCCUUCGCCGAGGCCACUGUCCCCAAAAUAACCGUCAUCACCAGAAAGGCUUACGGAGGGGCUUAUGAUGUGAUGAGCUCCAAACACUUGAGAGGAGAUGUGAACUACGCCUGGCCCACAGCUGAGGUGGCUGUUAUGGGUGCCAAGGGUGCUGUGCAGAUCAUCUUCAGAGGAAAGGAGAACCAGGCUGAGGCGGAGGCUGAAUACGUGGAGAAGUUCGCCAACCCGUUCCCAGCUGCUGUCCGAGGCUUUGUUGAUGACAUAAUCGAGCCAUCGACCACUCGCAAGAAGAUCUGCAGAGAUCUGGAGGUGCUUGCCAGCAAGAAGCAGGUCAACCCCUGGAAGAAACACGCCAACAUUCCUCUGUGAAGAACACCCACACUCUUUUCCUAAUAACACUAUUUAAAAAGGUACUCACUGAGGGAUUUUCCUGAUUCAAAUGAACUGCAGCAGUACCCCGUGAUGACAAGUUGCCUGCCAAGCAGAUGUAUGUUGUACCACUCCGCUGGAAGCAGCACAGAAAGAUACUCUCCCUGAUUUUUGAAGUGUUUAAUAGUGGCCCCAAACUUCUUUUCCAGCUCACUACUUGUGUUAGAACAUCAACCUCAAGCCGGGAAAAGAUUUAAAAAUAUUGCUGCUCUGUAAACAAAAUCAAUAUGUAACCGAUAUGCCACAUGUUGACAGGAAAAUCCCAACACAUUUUACAGUACCUGAACAGGAUGCUACAGCAGUCACACACGUUUAAGGUAAUCGUCCUGUCAGUAGUGGCCAUAUUGGUCACUCUUGCUAGUUCUCAUCUGACAUUCUGUGAACAAGAUUGUAUCUGAAAGGGCAGAUGACCUCUCACUGAAGAAAUGCAGCUGUCAGCGUGAUAGUUUUAAUGGAAAAUAGAAACAUACUGUAGUCUGUUGCCGUGUACAUGUUUGUUUCCAGAGCGGUUUAUGUACUGUAUUGAAUUGUGAAGAUGUGGAAAGCAGUUUGCUCUUUCAGACACACUCCCUGUGUUUGCUGUUGUCCGUUAAGGUCAAGAAAAAGUCAUCCUUAAAACCUGGAACUGUGCCUUUCUCGCUCUCUCUGGCAGGCUCUGCUCUACCGUUUGUAUAAUAAAUCAUUGGACUCGA